GAGGGCAAAUGCCUGCAGUAAGGCCUAUACUCAUGACUUCAUCAUGCUCUAUUCAAAGAAACUAUCAAAGCAGCCUGAUGUAUGUAAAAUCAAGAGCAACUGGCAGCAGUGAUAUGUGACUGUAGGUGCUCCUGAUCUUAUCAGUGAUUCUCAAAAACACUCAACAUCCGGAAUGGCUGUAGAUGGCGGACACAGGGACGGUGGUUGCGACUGGGACGGCCGGUGGAAUCAUGUGAAGAAGUUUUUGGAGAGACCCGGCCCGUUCACCCAUCCUGACUUUGAGCCAAGCACUGAGUCGUUACAGUUCUUGUUGGAGACAUGCAAGAUUCUGGUCAUUGGUGCAGGAGGACUUGGAUGUGAACUCCUCAAAAAUCUGGCCUUGUCUGGAUUUCGCGUCAUUCAUGUGGUUGACAUGGACACGAUUGAUGUGUCCAACCUCAACAGGCAGUUUCUUUUCAGGCCUAAAGAUGUUGGACGACCAAAGGCAGAAGUGGCUGCCGACUUCGUCAACAGUCGUAUCCCUGGAUGUAAAGUCGUUCCUCACUUUAAAAAGAUCCAAGACUUUGAUGAGUCGUUCUACAGGCAGUUCCACAUCAUCGUCUGCGGACUGGACUCCAUCAUUGCCAGACGCUGGAUGAACGGGAUGCUGAUAUCGCUGCUCAGCUAUGAAGACGGAGUCCUGGACCCCAGCUCCAUCAUCCCCCUCAUUGAUGGAGGAACGGAGGGCUUUAAAGGCAACGCUCGUGUCAUCCUGCCCGGCAUGACUGCGUGCAUUGACUGCACACUGGAGCUGUACCCGCCACAGAUUAACUUCCCCAUGUGCACCAUUGCGUCAAUGCCAAGGCUACCAGAGCACUGCAUUGAAUAUGCCAGAAUCUUACAGUGGCCCAAAGAAAAGCCAUUUGGAGAAACCAGCUUAGAUGGAGACAAUCCUGAGCACAUCCAGUGGGUGUUUGACAGAUCCCUGGAAAGAGCUGCAGAGUUCAACAUUACAGGGGUGACAUACCGACUCACUCAAGGAGUUGUGAAGAGGAUCAUUCCUGCUGUGGCAUCAACCAAUGCUGUUAUCGCUGCUGCCUGUGCCACAGAGGUUUUUAAAAUUGCUACAAGUGCAUAUAUUCCUUUAAAUAACUACCUGGUCUUCAAUGACGUGGACGGACUCUACACCUACACUUUUGAGGCAGAACGAAAGGAAAACUGUUCAGCAUGCAGCCAGGUGCCCCAAGACCUCCAGUUCCCUCCGUCUGCCAAAUUACAGGAGGUUUUAGAGUACCUGACAGAGAACGCGGCUCUACAAAUGAAAUCCCCGGCUAUCACCACAACUCUGGAAGGGAAGAAUAAGACGCUGUAUUUGCAGUCUGUAAAGUCCAUCGAGGAACGAACCAGGCCAAACCUCUGCAAGACUUUGAAAGAGCUGGGCUUGUCAGAUGGACAGGAGCUAGCUGUGGCCGAUGUCACAACGCCCCAGACGGUUCUCUUCAAGCUCAAUUUCACCACCUGAACAUUCAUUACAGCACUCAGCACUGACGUCAGAUCGACUGCAUCUGAAUGCAAACUGGGUCUUGAAUCACAAGGUUACUGUGAUGUUGCAGUAGCAUAUUUGAUAUGAAAAUGUAAAUAAUGUGAGCGAGGUCUCUCUUGUCAGACAGGACUGGGUGUCAUAUGAAUAUGGAGUCAGUUAACAGCAUUGUUUUUUUUCUAUUAGUAAUGUUGUUUACUUCUUUGUGUAUUUGUCAUGUGUUGACUGAUAUUGUAGCGAUUUCCCUGUCAAUCAGAUGAGAAUAAUAAUGUGUAUUAUGCUCUAAUAAAGUUUUAUUAUCAUGGUUAUAGAGGAA